AUGGCGGAGAUCGAGCAGGCCUCCCUGAGCCUGGAGGAAGGCGCCGGCCGCUACCAGCUGCUGCUGCACAGCGACCACAAGAAGCUGAACGGAGCCAGGAGCAACAGCGACUCCCAGAGCUCAGAGGAGGCGGGGGGCUUCCACCAGGCCGGAGACACCCAGACCCAGACCCAGGUGGGGCUGGAGCCCCCCUCCCUGAUCUCAGGAGAGGCCCAGAAGGAGGAGGAGGUGGAGGAGGAGGGGAGGGCGCUGAUGGAGCUGAUGGAGCUGGAGGUCCAGGCAGACCAGCACCAGCAGCACCACCAGCAGCACCACCAGAGGAGCCCCGGGGGCGUGUCGAGCAGCAGGGGGCGGAGUGCCGGGGGGGACGAGGAACGCCGAGAGGGGUCCGGGGACCCGCUGUCCCGCUUCCGCCUACCGGUGGACUUCUUCCACCCAGUGGCGGUCCCAAUCCCGGCCCCGCCCCGCAGCCGCAGCCUGCGUCUGACCCGGGGCCUGAGGCUGACCUCGCCUGCCACCUGGGCCUCGCUGAGAUCCCCCGGGGCCCGCAACACCACGCUCUGCACGCAGCACCCGUCCCACAGCGACUCGUCCCUGGCAACGGGCAGCUCGGAGGGCAGCCUGCAGACCACCCUGGAGGAGGGCCUGAGCUUCAGCGUGUCCCCGCCCCGGAACCUGGACCCCCCCUUCCCCCUGGCGCCUCUCCCCCUCCUCUUCCCCUCGCUUACGUUGCACAAGGACGACCCCGCCGCCGCCGGCCCCCCCCAGGGGCCCCGGCCGCCUUCCGGCCUCACCCUCCAGGCCACCAGGGGCCACCAGAGGAGCCAGAGCAGCGGCCGCGGCAGCGCCAGCCCGGGCUGCACACGGGAGGACUCCAUGGACCCCUCGGACGAGGACCUGGGCAUCGGCAUCGGCCCCUCCCUGGGGGGCUGCGGCUGCGGCCAGGCGGGGAACAGCGAACACUUGUCAGAGACGCUGAGCAGCCUGUCGCUCACCUCGCUGCUCUCGCCCGGCUCCCUUGCGCCCCGCGGAGGCGGCGUGAAGAAGUGCAGCAGCACAGGGAGCCUUGAACAGGGGGGGGCGCUGCUCUCGUCACGGGGCAGGGAGGGCCACAAGGGGGUCCUGGGUCUGGAGCUCAUGGACCCUCAGGGCUUCCUGGCCAACCCCUCGAUGGGGCUUGGGGACGGGCGGGGCAGCGGGGGGCGGCGGGGGGACGGAGGAAGGGGUGGCGGGCACGAGUCCUUCAGCCUGAAGAGCUCCAACCAGACGCUGGUGGGGCCCCGCCGGAAGAACAGAUGAAGAACACCGCCGCCCCCCGCCUCGUGUCCUCACCCUCUGGCUCCGAACCGUCGCCUCCCCCUUUACUCUCCCUGUCACACUGCGGCCGGCGUGACGUCACUUGAUGUCCUGUGUUCCCACCCCCAUCCCGCCCAGACCCUGUCCGGAUGUGUUUGUGAGCGCGCCCAGGCUGAACUCGGGCGGUCCGGUGGGUCAGAGGAGGACUAGUGUGGCCCUCAGAGCGGGGGCCAACAGGGCAGAACAGGGCCUCUAGCUGCUGAGGGCUGGUACCACUAGAGGCCACGCAUGGUUCUGAUCGACUGCAGCCCGGAGGCCCUCUUUAUAUCAGGGAGUUUACAGCAAAAGGCACAGAGCUGAAAAUCAAAAGACACACACAGAAUGGCGUUCCUUGCUUCCCUACUUCAAGUUUUCUUUGUCUGUCUUUUUCCUCUGUUUGUUGGUUUCGCUGUUCGGCGUCUCGGGGUCUCGGACGGUGACAGUGCAGCAGUAGAAGGAUCCGGUUUAGACCCGUUCCACGCCGGCCCCGCGGCUCGACAGCGGCUCCGCGGGGCGGGGCGUGGGGCAUGGCGGGGGCGUGGUCAGCAGGAGGAAAUACAAUGGCGAAGAUGGGAACCAGCAGGUCAUCCGUCUGCGAGCAGGAGCAGAAGUCCGUCACCGCGCCGCUCUCCCCCACCAGGAGCUUCUGCUGAGAGGGUUAGGAUUAGUGCGAGGUGGAGGAGAGUUCAUGUGUAUGUGUGUUUGUGAGUGUGUUUUUCUAUGUGUGUGAUUGCGUGUCAGAAGGCUGAUUGCCUGAAUGCAGCACAUGGAGAACGGCCUCAGCACGUCUUUAUAUCUUUAGCGGAGUAUCCAGGAUGAGAGGAACUCCGGAAGAGGAACCUCUGCCAACAGCUUUUUGAGUGGCAGCUGUACACAAACGGAACCUUGCAUGCAGUGAUAUGUGACUCUUCUUUAUGGGUUUUCUUUGCGGGUUCAUCUGGUUUAACCUCGGGCAUUGCUCAAUCAAACAUGGAAGGGGAGAACCGAGCGCUGAUGAAAGAAGGACGUUUGAAGAAUAAAAGGACGUUUCCUUAGAGUAGAGGAGAGUGAAGGGAUGUAUUGUAACCGUAUAAUCCAAGGGGAUUUGUUUGUCUGAAGAGUUAUUUAGGACCACGCGAUGGACCUGUCGCACACUCCACAUGGGUUGGACUGCAUGACGGAACCUCAUUUAAUCCUUUGCUCUGUAUUAACGAUGUCAGUGUCGGUGAUUACCACGUGGUUCUAUUCACUUUUUUUGUCCACGAGCGACUAGGCCAGUGUUUCUCUGUCCCCACACCCCUUUACAGUCUUAAGUAUCGUCAGGACUCUGUCUGCCAGUGACUUCCACUUUUUAUAAGGUUGGAGAAAAGAUUACUUUUUUAAAAUGGUGUCAUGUGGAAAAACCACCAAGCAAAAAAUGUAUUCCUGAGCUUGAAGUAAUGUUCCCUUAGUUCCUGCUUCGACCACCUCCUCCACCUCCACACCUCAACCCCCACCUCUCCCCCGGGCUCCACCUCCUCCACCCCUCUCUGAGCUCAAACCUCCUCCACCUCCAAGACCCUCCACCCCGCGACGAGGACUCUUCUCCCUCCUGUACUUGUUCUGGUUCCGGUCGGCACAGAGAGACGCAGGAUCAUCACAGGAGGACUGCAGCCAUAACCCAUAACCUGCAGCAAUGACGUUCACACUGGGCUGACCCACACACUGGGGGGGAGGGCCUAACCUACACACUGGGUUGACUUUGGUUUCUGUUGGCCUUAGCUUCCGAUGCUAACAGAGAACAUCACUACAGAUUAAAAAGAACAAAAACGAAAAUGCUGGUCUGUUUGAAGCUUUAGUGUGUGUGUGGUGGCUCAUGGCCCUGAGCACAGCUCUGGGAGCGCCGUACAGGACGUCUCUGCUCCUCAUCGUCUUCUUUAACUGACACCCUGAUGCACUUGACAUGCUCUUCCUCCUGCUCCUACUCUUCCUUUCACACACACUCACACACACACAUCUGUUGUAGCAACACUUUUAUACAGCAUGGAGGGGCCAAUGGGAGCUGGAGCGGGAGCGGACCGGGGUUCGGGAAACAGUCGGAGGGUGGGGGAGGGGGGUUUUGGAUGUCAUGCCAGUGGAUUGAUUGAUUAUUGAAGUAGGAGAUGUUGAUCUUUAGAGCCUAAUAAGACUUGUAUAUCCUUAGUGUUUUUAUCAUGACCUUUGAGUUAUUUUGGAAUAUAAUGAGGUGAGAAAAGAAUGCGAGGGUGGACCUUUUUGGUGACUGUUUAAACCACAUGAUGUUGAAUAUCAAUGAUUGAUAUUGGCGACGAACAUUGUAUGUGUGCGCCCGUAUGUGUAUGUGUGUGUGUGUGUGUGUGUGUGUGUGUGUGUGUGUGUGUGCCUGCCUUUGAGUGCGUGCAUGUGUAUUUAUGCAUGCGUGUGUGGAUGUGUGUGUAUGUGACAGAGAUGGUGUAUAUGUGCGCAUACAUGUGCGUGCAUGUGUGCGUGUGUUUCUGUGUGCGCGUGUGUGUGUGUGUGUGUGCGUACAUCUGAACGGCGUCAGGUGAGCCCCUCCCUGACAGUUUGUGUUCCAUGGCGACAUCAUCACAACCUGUCGUCCGGGCGGGACAACAUCACAACAACAAACAAAGGCAACCAUGAAGGGCUGUUUGAGCUUCAAAGAAACGGUCCUCCUUGGAGGUCAGAGGUUAACCUGACUACACAGCAAUAAAUGUUCUAUGUGACCCUCA